CGUUAAGCUGAAGCAGUAGAAGAAAAGCAAGAAAAAAGAUAACAGAGGUUCUACAUCAGGAGAUUCAGAAGACUGUGGGCUGAUUUUCAAGGAGGAUGGAUGACUCUCAGUCACUGCAGGUAUCAAAAAAGCUGAAGCUGUGGAGGAAACACUUGAGAUUGGAUAGAGAUUCUGAAGGCAAUCCAGGCAGAUUAACCUCCUUGCUUCAUGGGGAGCAGGCAAGGAGGCAAACACUUUGAAACCCUUCUGAAGUUAACCAUCAGUCACCAAACAUCCAGAGCACCAGGGUGCACCCUGACAGGUCUUGCUGGGCUCCACACCUCACCUGUGCUUCUUGCAGAGGUAGUGCUUCACACUAUGGCUCUUUGUCCUCCUGAUGGAAAAAUCCAGAUGGAAAGAAGUGUGGUUCACAGGGAAAUGAUCUUGGGAAAUUGACCCAUCAGCCACAUGGCUGACACAGAACUUUCAACUGAUGUGGUGAUGAGGAAAAACAACUGACGAUAUGGAUGCCCAUUAGCUGGACUGCAACACCCUUGUCUCAUGAGAUGAUGCCAAGGCAGACCCCAGGGCCUUCCACUCUUGGGAUUCUGGUCCUACCUGGCUUUUUAAGGUCAGUUUUAUUGGCGGAUAGAGAAGGACGAUGGCAGGAAAUAACCAACUUUGCAUUCGACGUUGGACUACCAAGAAUGUGGCCAAGUGGCUGAAGGAAGAAGGCUUCUGUGAAUACGUGGAUAUUUUGUGCAAUAGACACAGACUAGAUGGAAUUACGUUGCUGACACUCACAGAGUAUGAUUUACGAUCUCCUCCACUGGAAAUCAAAAUCUUGGGGGAUAUCAAAAGGCUGAUGCUGUCCAUACGCAAGCUACAGAAGCAACAUAUUGAUGUCCUAGAAGAGCUGGGUUACAACAGCGAUAGUCACGUUGGCGCUGUGUGCGCUACUGUUGGCUCACUGCAGGGUGCAGAUUGGUUUUGCAAUGGUGAAGUACCUCGGGACUAUGAUGGACCAAUUACUGACUUGAAUGGCGAUCAGUAUCAAUAUGCAAAUGGAAAAAACAAACAUUCUACAAGAAGACUGGACCCAGAGUACUGGAAGACAGUUUUAAGUUGUGUUUAUGUCUUCAUAGUGUUUGGCUUUACAUCAUUUGUUAUGGUUAUAGUACAUGAGCGAGUACCUGACAUGCAAACAUAUCCACCUCUACCAGACAUAUUUCUAGAUAGUGUCCCUAGGAUACCAUGGGCAUUUGCUAUGACUGAAGUUUGUGGUGUAAUUCUUUGCUACAUUUGGCUGUUGGUUCUUCUGCUUCACAAACACAGAUCUAUACUGCUGCGGAGGUUGUGCAGCCUUAUGGGGACAGUAUUCUUACUGCGUUGCGUUACAAUGUUUGUUACCUCACUCUCUGUGCCAGGCCAGCACUUGCAGUGUACUGGAAAGUUGUAUGGCAAUGUUUGGGCAAAACUCCAGCGGGCAUUUGCAAUAUGGAGUGGCUUUGGAAUGACUCUUACUGGAGUGCAUACAUGUGGAGAUUAUAUGUUCAGUGGCCACACUGUUGUCCUGACUAUGCUCAACUUCUUUGUCACAGAAUAUACGCCAAGGAGCUGGAACUUCUUGCACACCUUGUCUUGGGUCCUCAACCUCUUUGGAAUCUUCUUCAUUUUGGCUGCGCAUGAACAUUAUUCUAUAGAUGUCUUCAUUGCCUUUUACAUCACUACAAGACUCUUUUUGUAUUACCACACAUUGGCUAAUACUAGAGCAUAUCAACAGAGUAGAAGAGCAAGGAUCUGGUUUCCAAUGUUUUCUUUUUUUGAAUGCAACGUUAAUGGUACUGUUCCCAAUGAGUAUUGCUGGCCAUUUUCAAAACCUACUAUAAUGAAAAGACUCAUUGGCUGAAGAGCGUGUGCGUCAAUUCAGAUUUUUAUUAAGUGUUAUGACUAAGAACCUACAAGGCUAGCUGGAGGGGUAAAGUAAUGUGUUUUCAUUCCGUGGCCACCCCCUCCUUGUCUUGUUUCUUAGAUUCUUAGCCAUAUAAUGGGGUUGCCACACUUCACAGGGAUGUGUUUUGUUAUUGCUUGAAGAGAAAACAAUGCAGGGUCUGGUAGAGAGGCAGUCAGUGAAUCGUCAAUAUGAACCAGAAUACUGCUACCCUUAGUAAGGUUCUGUGUGAAUGUUUAAGUAACUUUAACAUCAAAUGUGUGCUUGUGCUGAAUAUAAUAUACCCUUUACAGGCUCGAUUAAUCUCCGUUACCUGACAUGCCAUCCUUUCUGUAUACUGACUAAAAAUUUAGAACUUUAUGAUGACUUUCUUUUAAAACAGUCAUAAAUCUAAUUCUUAAAACAAACUGUGUAUGCUUAAAGAUUGAGGACUACUGUGUCAUAAUGAGGAAAGCAAUAUAGUUCAUGCUAAAAGGGUCUCCUAACUGUUGUUAUUUAGUAACAAGUCUUAAGGUGUAACUGACAAUAUAAAUGGUCUGCAUACAGGUUGCCAAAAAUGGAAGUCUGCCUUGUGGCUAUGCAGUGAUGAUGUCUGGUUUUUUUUUUUUUGUUUGUUUGUUUUUUUUUUUUUAAUGAGAGCUUACUUAGUGUAGUCUAUUGGUUGUCUGUAUGGUUGUUUGAGCACUGGGAAGUCUUCCCUUUUGUUUUAAAUAAAUGAGUUAAAGUAAAUGCUACAGCCACUGAAAGCAAAGUUAAUUUAGCUUUAGUGCGUUUAAAGCCACAGCAUAAUUUUUCUGUGUGGUUUUAAUUGCUUUUUAUACCCAGACCUGUGCAUGCUUUUUAGGAGCAGCUCUUUGACAUUGGAAGAACAAACAGUUCCACAUAUCUUACUGUCCAGUAAAUGGAUGGGGAAAAUGCAUGUAGUAACUGUUUCAAGAAGAGUAAUAAUAGUGAGUUUUGGAAGUAGUGCUCGUAUUGAUGUGCAUUAUAGCACUCUGUUGUCAACAAUAUGGUGAGUAUCUCUGGAUAUACAAACACCGUAUAUUUUGUAGAUAUAUAUAUAGACAUACACUGUAUAUGUUCUUCUGACAAAUACGAAAGAGACUAGUUCUUAAUUAAGUUGCUCAUUUGCUACUCUGAAAGAUAGAAGUACCAUAAGCAGUUGAGUUUGCGUUGUUAAAAAAAAAUAGCACACUCCAUAACGUGUAAACAAGGAUUACAUGGUGAUCUCUUAUGCAGUGAUUUGUGAGAGGACAACACUAACAUUGGCUGUAGAGGCUUGAAACACAGUUACUCUCAAUGAAAACUGAUAGGUAAAAGGUGCAAGCCAUAAAAAUGAAGUAGCCAUUUUAAUCUGUCAUAAUUUCAGAAUAGGUGGUAUAUCAUGGCCUAAGUCAGUCUUGGGAAGUAGCAUGAAUUAGUUCUGGCUUAGUUCAAGCUGACUUGACAAUGUCUACAUAGAAAAGAAUCCUUUUGGAAUUUUGUACUUCCCUGCAGUGUCUUCCCUUCGUAAACCUGGAUUAUACCAUCUUGACUAUCACACAGUCUUUGUGAUAUAUGACUUUUGUAAGUUAAUUUAGCUCCUAUUCCACAGAGAAAUUGUGCAUCUUAAGGUAUCUCUGCCACCUGUAUUGAGUACACAUACAUCAUACUGUUCUGCAGGCUUUAUAUUUGUAACAUUCCAAUUUUUAGUAAAAUGUCAAGAAUACUGUAUUGGUCCGUCUGCCAUAGCCUAGUGGCUUUUGCCAUCCAAAGUGGUGAAAUACGCUUACACUUAAGGGGAAAAAAAUACUCUGAAAGACUUAGACUAUUCACUUGCUGUCCUUGCCUUUCUGAUUUCAGAAAAGCAAUCUGAACAUUCCUCUUGAGACUUCAUAGUCAAAGAGCUCUGUUUGUUAACUUAAAUUUGUCUUUGCAAUGCAUGUGCAGUUAUGAAUGCUGUUUUUUAAACUCUAGGAAAGCAUUUGUUCUCAGAAUGUGCAGGGUUGUAUUCUGAAUUCUGACAUGUGGAGGUGUAUGCUAUUAGACUUGCAGAGCUCUUGAUUCUGAAAAGAAACGUGUCAGUGCUAGCUGGCACAGCUGUGUAUAGACUGAAAAAAAUAUUUUGCAAUUUAGGCAUACAGGAGAAUUUUCCAAGUGCAGCCCCAUGUAACAAUGUUUACAUAAAGUAAAGAUAUCAUUUCAACACUUUUAAAAAUAGGAUACUUUGAAACGUAAGGCUUCUCUUUUUGUUCUAAUUUAAUUUUUCAGAUUCUUUUAAGUAAAUCCAUGUUUUAAAUCAGCAUUGCCUAUCAGUGUUUUUUAAAGGAAGCUUGUUCUUCUGUUCAAGCUGUUUUGCUUGCUGCUAAAUAUCUGAGUCUGAGAUAAGCAAUAAACAGAGGUUGGUGAGAACUGAAGUGCGUUAAAACAUUGUCAGGGUAACUGUGCUCUUCUGUCUUGGAAGUUAAUUUUGUCUAUCUGUAAACACACAAGAGGAAAGCUUGAAAUUGAUAAAAGACAAAUUCUGAUUUCAUGUACUAAAAGAUCACAGUCAAUCUAAAGAAUUGGUAAUAUAAGGUUUAUUGUUAAUUAAGUGGAAACAAGUUGCAAAUGACUGACGGGCUUAAAAUUCUGUACCUCUUUUUUGCAGAGUCAGUACUUUAAAAGCGUUAUGCUGCUUCUCUGCUGCUGACAAGCCUUUUUGAGGAAAUGUAGCAGAGCAUCAUUGGGACUUGGAUUUAAUGCUAAAUAUGUUGAGGGCUAUCUGUCCUCCUUUGUGUUGGUGCAGCAGUCUCUUUGCACUCUUCCGGCUUGCUGCAUCCCUUAUGUGCCAAGUCAUCUUCUGUUGUCUGCAGGAGCAUCCCCUUACUUCUUUUUUCUAGCAACUUUGGAAAUCUAGUAAUACUCAGAACUUGGAAAUAGUCUUAAGCUCUUCCUUGUUAUCACUUUGGUGUUAUAUGUGGAGGGAACGUCUGAAAAUAAGUAUCUGAGUGCACAGACCUGAAGGUGAUAGGCACAGCCACUCACUCAUCUUUCUUUCUAUGUUCCUUACAACAUAGCUGCUUAGAACGGCCUUCCUAGACUUCAGCUGUUCUUGAAUAAUGAUAUUAAAAACUUCCGUAUAUGUUAAUUAUUUUUAUGUCCUUUGGCAAACAAGAUAACACUAAUACAGAGCUUUGGAAAUGUAGGUAGGGCUGAAGUUUUUAAUUGCUCACAACUAGCAAGAAUUGGAUCUUAUAAGUAUACUGCUCAUGGUGAAGCGAAUGGAUUAACUGUUUAAGCAAAUCAUUAAAUAUUCUGAUUUUAGUGAGGGUUGUCAGUUUAAGCAUUUCCUUAGAUUAGGCCAAGUGCAUCCUGUGUAUGAUGUACUGAUAAAGUAAUGGGAGUAAGUAAUGUCACUUUCUUUUCAGUAUUUCCUUUUUUUUUUCUGCCAUAGAAGAAAACAUUCUGGUAGAAUUUCCAAGAAAUACGUAUCUAACUGUCUUAAGAGAGAACAUUUUUUUUUUUUUAAUAAAACAAAAAGAACAGAAAAACUUGUUAAAUGUUACGCAGAAAUGUUACUUGAAAUCCUCCAACAUGCACUAAAGUGCAGGUUCCUGUAAUCUCAUUUUCUGUACGAGGACACUUCAUGUAGUGUCUCAUGUAGUACCAAAGGAAAUAUUUAAAGAAAAGGUGGAAGGGUGGAACUCGGGCAUCAAAAGAAGUCUUUUGCAACAGUUAGUAUCUCCUUGGUGCUGCUUUUUGUUGAUUUUUUUUUUUUUUUUUUAAAGCAGCACUUGCGCACUUAGGUGCUCCCCUUGUCCAUUACCAUUUAGCUAGGUUUUUUGGUGUACUAAAGUCCCCUGAGGUUUUCAAGCAUCAAAACUGCUGUGGAGCUGAAAUGUAAUCAUUGAACAUGCAGUUGAAGAAAUAGCAGAUGUCUUGGGAAAAAAAAAAGUAGGUUUUUGGAUGUGAAGCAAAGGAGAAGUAGUCUAUAAUAAGUGACAAAUAGUAUUUCAUCUGUCCGGUCCAUGUAGUUUAUACUAUAUAUACUAUACUUGGGGAUUUUGCUGGAAUUUGCAGGUAGUAUUACUUCUGUGUUUUUUUGAUUUUAUAAAGAAAUCCCAGAUUAUUAAAAUAGUAAAAACUUGACCUGUAGCUAUAGAAAACAACAGAAUCUUUAAGUAGGAAGUCAAUUCAGCAGAAUUCCUAGCAGUGAGCCAGCUUGUCCUCUGAAUUAUUUUGUGCGUAUAGAGUAUGAAACAAGGAUGAAUUGCUAGACCACUGAUGAUUAAUAGAUUUCACUCUUUCUGAUGCAUCUUUAACAUUGCCACUUUUAAUUGCAGCUGUUUUUCUUGGGGGGGUUUGGGGGAGAGGGAAGGCCAUUGGAAUGAUUGUGCAGAUAUCUUGCUUGUUGUACUGAGAAGAGCAUCCAAAAAACCCUCACAGCCCUUCAAGCAGUAUACUGUUGUUGUGAACUCUGAACUUUGCUUAUAGCAGUUUCCUGGAUACUUACUGUUUGUAUCUUGAGAAAGGUGCAGUGAGCAUUAUGUACAUAAUUCAGUGACGUGCACGUUUUUAAAGCCAGUUUGUAAUAGGUGUAUAAGAACUUCAGAUGAUGAAUGUGGAGGACAAUAACCUGAUGUGUUAGCCCAGUGAUUAUGUAGUUAAAGACUAUAUGUAACUUGGUAUUGCUGUCUCUUUGAAUUUGAUUUUGUCAACUAUGAAAAAUUUGUCAACUGUGAGUAACCACAAACUGCAUCGUACAUGCUCCAUAACAUAAUAGGGAUGUAGAAAAACAAGUUUUCACACUGAGCUGUUACUUCAGUUUGUCUAUGACAGAGAAAAUAGUAUUAUGUAGUGGCUUGAAGGUAUGCCAGUGAAGUAUGAAGCAAGUACUGUAAAUAAGUAAAUAUUGUUUGAUUAUAAACUCAGAUUGAAUUAAUAUAUUGUUUUAUAUCUUUGUUGUAUUAAAACAUAUUUAAAACUACUAAAAUAAAAUAUUUGAAAGAUGGCAAA